AGGUACGCCGGCACCGGUUCACCAAAAGUACCGACAGUGAGUGAGCAGUACCAUUUUGUUAGGAAGUUUUUCGAAUUCACAACUCCAGAGCAUCGGUGAGCAUUUUCUCCGAUCAAGAAUCCGGAAUCCGCUGAGCGGCUUCAAGUAAAUAGUGCAGGAAAAGUGCUUCGAGUAUGGCAGCAGUCGACUUUUAUCAGAACUCCCAACAAGGGGAUGGCAACCAAAACCAGGCUACUGCUGGCAUUCCUGGUAAGGAUGACGAGAGAAAAUUGUUUGUGGGAGGUUUGUCCCGGAACACGACCGAGAAUGAGCUCCGGGAGCAUUUUGGAAAGUUUGGCGAAAUCGAGAGCGUCUCCGUGAAAAUCGACCCCUACACCGGUGUGUCCCGAGGAUUUGCAUUCAUGGUCUUCACGAAUCCGAAGACCAUUGACAAAUUAUUGGCGUCGGGUGAACAUUACAUCAACAAACGCAAGGUUGAUCCUAAGCGAGUAAGUAAGAAAGCACAGCAUGGAAAGAUUUUCGUUGGUGGACUCACCCCUGAAAUCACGGACGAUGACAUCAAGUCCUAUUUCGGCCAGUACGGGACAAUCGUGGAGUUGCAGGCUCCUUUUGACAAGACAAAGAAUCAGCGCAAGGGCUUCUGCUUUAUCACCUUCGACUCUCGAGAUGUCGUGUACAAGCUCCUCAAGACUCCCAAGCAGAAGAUUAACGGCAAGGAAGUCGAUGUGAAAAAGGUGAAGGUCAAUCCCGACCCAAGGGGUCAAGGGUACUGGGGACCAGGAUUCGGUGGAUACGGAUAUGGUGGUGGAUACGGAGGAUACAUGGGAGAUGGCUUCAACGGCUACCAGGGUGGUUACGAUGAAUCGUACGGAAACUACGAUUACACCGGCUACGAAGGCUACGAGAAUAUGGGCUACGGGCACAUGCCAGGUAAACCACCAAGACCCGUCCCGGGUGCUGGCCCUCGCCAAUUUCAGAGACACCAACCAUACUAAUUUCAAGGUUUCUGAAGUCUUAAGCACACAUUAAUUUUGGCCUUGUAUAGUGGGAGGUAGACCGGCUCAGUUGCACCGUCGCAGUGCAAAAUCGAGCAGAUGCUGGCAAUUUUUUUUAAGUCGUACUAACUAACCAAGUCAUCGCUGUCAUUUGUACCGUUCGCAUUUCAUCUGUAAAAAGGUUUAAAAAUUUGCACGACGACGGUGUCCGUUGUUCCUCCUAUUAUACGAAAAUCGCUAGCUUGAAGUCAAGGAUUUCAAGUCCUUUUUUAUACAAUGGCAGGGAUGCUAAAAGCGCAGUCAUUAAGAACAAAAUCAGGAUUUUACUUCACCUAGAUGAAAACUAUAUGAAAAACCGAGUGUUUUUUCCGGUUGUAAAAGAUUUAACGAACUUUAUUGCAUGUGAUUUGAUGCCUGUCCGAGCAUAAUUGUAGAAAAUGAAUUUUUGCAGCAAAGAUAUCCAGUUGAAUUUGUCUCAAUUUUUUCUUUUCUUUUUUUUCGUUUUUUACUGAGUACUAAUUUGUACAUGUAAUAAUUUAAUACUCUACUGAUUGUAAGAACCCUUAUUUGCAUCAAAAAUAUUUCGUGCAUGUGCGAAGAUCCGAGUUUAAGAGCACCUUGCUCGGCAUAGAUCUGUACAUAAUUAGAGUUGUACGGUCUACGUACGAGAGAGUGAGAGAGACCUGUCCAAGGAUCUGUGAGCCUUGCUGUUUUAUGAAACAAUACUUCUUCCUUUUUGAAUACAAAUGUAAUGACAUUAUAUAUUCUCCUGUAAUUGUUAAUCUUAAGUUAAGGGUUCUAACUUAUAGGGAUCACGGGACGUGCACAGACGCGUUUGGACGCGUGUGUGCACGUUCCAACACCUCCAAUCAGCGCUUGCAAGGCGCGAUCAUAUUAUGAAUUAGGUAUUUACUAUUUAGGUAUUAGAGAAAAAAGUAAAAAAUAUUUCAGAAAAUGUAUAAUUAAAAUAUGAACGUAUCGCGGCAUUGAGAGAAGGCGCAAGUGGCAGAGGACCGUUCGGAUGUUGAGGAGAUAGAUAGGUAGAUACAUGUUCUUGUUGAAGAACGGAGGUCUGUUACUCGCGCAUUCCCGCUUUGCCCAGUGCUGCUGUGUGAAAAUGAUACGAAUAUGGCGAUAAUAUUAACACCCCGCAUUCUACGUAAGAUAAGAACAAAAUAUUGAACGUUUUCUUAAAAUACCGGACUGGUGAAACGCUCAUGGCAGUAUAGAAACCGACAUGAAGUGGCCUGACUACUUUUACCUUUCUUUCGCAUUUGUAACUAGCAAGUCGUGUCUGAGAUACGAAGGGUUCUUCAUAUCGAGCCAAGACUGUUAGCGUAUGUGCAGCAUAUCACUUUUCGUGAUAUCGGCGAUAGUAUACAUACCUUACCUCACAGAUAGGUACAUGGUACAGUUAAGAUUUCAAUGAGAGAAGUAACACUGAACAAACUAAAAAGCCAGUAAAGUAAAAGCCUAAUGAAGUGAAACACGAGAAUGAUCAUUUUUGGCAUUAGUAUAUAGAUCUGCGUGAAAUUAACAGACUAGAUGCAUCUAAAUUGUAUCGGUUUAUAAGUCGAAACUUGACAUCUUUUGGACCUUCUUCUUAAAUUACAAAAAUGCAAAAAGGAAAAAAAGCGAAACACAAAAGUAUUAGUGGUUUGGCUUAAAAAUGUGAAUUUUUUUUGUCGAUCCCGACAAACAAUUAACUCGUCAUUCUAUAAGAUUUUAAGCCAGGCUAACGGUGCUUUUGAACUUAAAUCUGUAUACUGUGUAUACUGUAUUUGCUGUGUGCGAGACAAAUAUAGAUUUAUGAAAAGAGAGAUAAACAGUGUGUGGAACUAAAGAAAAUAUGACGAAUAUUUUGUUACUAUUAAUACUAUUCGCUUGUUUCACCCAUGACACAGUGUAUAUUUUAAUUAUAACAAAAAUAAAAGGCCCAUUAUCUCCGACGCCAUUA